GCAGCACCUGCAACCUCCCCGGGUCACCAGGAGGAGCUCAGGAAAAGCUGCGGCUGAACCAACCCGGGGAGGUCUGCAACUCCCAAAGAGCAGCAGCCUGCUGGGGUUUUCUGCAAACUUUUCUUCUUGUUGUUGUUCUUUUUCGCCUUCUUUUUCAUUUUAUUUUUAAACCCCGCCGCUGCUGAGGUCUGUUCUUGCUCUAUCAAAUUCAACACCUCCUCCCCCACCCCAAAUUAAAACCCUCUAGAUAAGAAAGGGAUUCGAAGGCAGCCACCGAAGGAGAAGAAGCCAACUUCGCAUCACAAGGAGACCAAGAGAAAGAAAGAGAGAAACUUUUCCCCGGCACUGAGCUGAGCCACAAGUUGCGAGGAAGCCCUGGACUCCUCCUGUCUGCCUCUCCGCCCCGGCCAGCGAGCCUAGCAGCCUGUCUGUUGCCCAAGAGGCCAUCCUUUGCUAGUACAGCUUCUUUUGGGCAUGCUGGCGAAGGACAUGCCUGGGCUGCCCCAGAACAUGAGACCAAGCCUCAGGACCGCCUUGGCUAUUUCCCUCCUGCACGGAUUGCUGUGGCUGCAAGGUCUUGCGAAAGAAGUGAGACUGAUGAAACCAGAACUGAACUUUCCUGGAGACGAUAUUAUAGUCAACGCUGGAGACAGCUUCACCAUCACUUGCAGGGGAUCACAUGAUUUGACAUGGCUCCAGGAAAAUGACCGAUCCACAGAUGUCAAGCGGUGGCAUGUAAACAAACAGAAGUGUCCAGACAGGCCAUGGCAGACCUGCGCCAAUCUUGUGGUCAACCAAGCGGUCACCAACGACACAGGAUACUUCACGUGCCUUUACGAGCACCUCCCUUUGAACGAAGAACUGAAGGCCAAAUUAUACGUGUUCAUCAGAGAUGACAUGAAGCCUUUUGUGGAGCUGCACUCCAACCGCCCUCAAGUGAUCUACAUACACAAUGCUACAGAUGUGAUCAUUGUCCCUUGCCGGGUCUCCUCGCCGGAGAUCAAACCACAGCUGCUGCUGUAUUCUCAAAGCACAUUCAGCUAUGAGAGGAAGGAUUGGGACCCCAGGAGAGGAUUUCUCAUCACUUCGCCCUCUUUCGAGUUCUUCAGUACCAUGCUCAGGUGUGUUGCUACAGUCAAAGGGGAAGAGUACACGUCCUUUUACUUACCGCAGAAAGUGGAGAGGAAGGUGCAGAACCUGACUUUGAGAGCAACUCCAGAAAAACUGCUGGUUGGAGAACCCCUUCACCUGGAAUGCCGAGCUGAAACAUUCGCCAAUGGACGGAUUGUAUUUGCGUGGGAAUUUCCUGGAAGUAAACAAUAUAUCCCCGAGAAAAGUUUGAAAAUGUCUAAUGACGGAGACACCUUGAAAGGCUCCAGUAAUAUUACCAUCCCAGAAGUUACGAUGGAAGACAAAGGGUUAUAUGUUUGCAAAGUGGUCAAUGCAUCCAAAGAUCUGAAGCGGAAUGUCACAGUCACUGUAUACAAGAAAGCUUUCCUCAGGGUUUCCUAUAAGAAAAAAUCUCCUUACGAGGUUCUAGAAGGCCAGAAGAUGUUGAAACUGUCUUGGAAGGUUGAUGCUUUCCCCCGCCCAGAUGUGAACUGGUACAAGAAUGGCAAGCUGAUCACUUCAAACAGUGAAUGCUACAAAACAGAUCCAGUGAGGUACAAGCUACUCAUAACGGACGUGAGAGCAGUGCAUGCUGGGAAUUACACUAUAGAACUGAAGAACACUAAGCAUGAUCUCCAUCAAAACCACACCAUCCCAUUGGUAGUGUUAGUGAAGCCCAAAAUUUAUGAAAAGGAGAUAGAUUUUUACAAGACUGAACAGGUCAGAAAAGGAGGAGAGCACAGCCUCCAGUGCACGGCCAGCGGGACGCCUCUUCCCACCAUACACUGGGAAUGGGAGCCAUGCAGCCACGCAGACAAUGAAUGCAAACAACGUGGAAGAAAAAUCAAAGUGGAGGAAACCAUUGGACGUGAAACCAGAUAUCUAGCCAAUAAGAUCAAGAAUAUUGAGAAUAGGAACAUCAUUCAUGACAAUAUGUUAAAGGUCAUAAGCACCCUGGCAACCACAGCUAGCAACGUCUCGGGAGUCUAUUUCUGUGUGGCUUCCAACAAGGUUGGCACAGAAGAACGACAGCUCAAUUUCUAUGUCUCAGAAGUGCCAUCUGACCUGCAGACGGCUCCACAAGUCACAGCCAUUGUAGCAAGCAACGUUCAAAUGAUCUGCAAGUCCACCAAGUACGUCUACACUCAUCUCUCUUGGUACGACCCCACCUUGCGAGAAAUCCCUGACGCCUUCACACGGAGGAAUGUGGACAACUAUUCCAUCUCCUUGACGCUGGACAUUAAGAACGUCUCGCAGGUCCAUGCUGGGUUAUACCGAUGCAGAGCUCGGAGGCAUCCGAACAGCACUGAGGGGCUGGAGAAAAGUACCAUGCUUAGCAUCAAAGUUAAGAUGGUACCUUACAUUAUGGAGAACUUUACGGACUCAGAAGUAAAUAUCAGUGGGAAAAUUGUUCUGGAGUGCAAAGUAAAUGGGACACCCAAACCUGUUAUUGCUUGGCUGAAAAAUGGCUAUCCGAUUGCUGCUGCUUCAGGGAUUUCCAUGGAAAACAACACCCUGGUGAUUGAGCGAGUAAAAAAGGAUGAUGAAGGACAUUACAAAUGCAAGGCGGUGAAUGAAAUGGGCCAGGACAGCACCCAGGCAUUUAUCAAAAUAAAAGGCUCUGAGGAAAAGUCCAACAUCGAAGUUAUCAUUUUGGUUUGCACUGGUUUAGCAGCCACACUCUUCUGGCUUCUCCUGACCCUCUUCAUCCGGAAACUGAGGAAGCCAGAUGCCACAGAUAUUAAAACAGGAUACUUGUCAAUCAUAAUGGAUCCCGAAGAGAUGCCCCUUGAUGAACAAUGUGACCGGCUCCCGUACGACAGCAGCAAAUGGGAAUUCCCACGGGAUCGGCUGCGGCUGGGUAAAACUCUGGGUCAUGGUGCUUUUGGGAAAGUGGUGGAGGCAUCUGCUUUUGGCAUAGAUAAAUCUUCAACCUGCAAAACAGUUGCUGUUAAAAUGCUUAAAGCAGAGUGCGCAACGACCAAUGAGUGCAAGGCUCUGAUGUCUGAACUAAAGAUCCUCAUCCAUAUUGGGCACCAUCUGAACGUCGUCAACUUACUGGGAGCUUGUACCAAGCCAGGAGGGCCUUUGAUGGUAGUGGUAGAAUACUGCAAGUAUGGAAAUCUGUCCAAUUACCUAAGGGGGAAAAGAGGAGACUUCAUUGCAUGCAAGCCACAGGAAAAUUUGGACCCUGCAGAGAAAGGGCUGGAGGAAUCCAUCAGUGAUUUAACAGAGCUGAUCAAACGUCGCCUUGAAAGCGUGGCCAGCACAGGAAGCUCUGCUAGCUCAGGAUUCAUUGAAGACAAGAGUUACACGGACUCGGAAGAGGAAGAGGAAGACGCUGAAGACCUCUAUAAGCGAUCGCUCACCUUGGAGGACUUGAUUUGCUAUAGCUUCCAGGUGGCCAAAGGCAUGGAGUUCUUGGCCUCAAGAAAAUGCAUUCAUAGGGAUUUGGCAGCCAGGAAUAUUCUGCUGUCUGAAAACAAUGUGGUGAAGAUCUGUGACUUUGGAUUAGCAAGGGACAUUUACAAAGAUCCUGACUAUGUGCGCAAAGGCGACGCUAGGCUUCCACUUAAAUGGAUGGCUCCAGAAGCUAUUUUUGACAAAAUUUAUACAACCCAGAGUGAUGUUUGGUCUUUUGGUGUGUUGCUGUGGGAAAUAUUUUCUCUAGGGGCCUCUCCGUACCCGGGGGUGCAUAUUGAUGAGGACUUCUGCCGGCGUCUCAAGGAAGGAACACGGAUGAGAGCACCUGAAUAUUCAACUCCGGAAAUCUACCAGACCAUGCUGGAUUGCUGGCACGGCGUUCCGACAGAGAGACCUACCUUCACUGAACUUGUGGAGCGUUUAGGAGACCUGCUCCAGGCGAAUGUACAACAGGAUGGGAAAGACUACAUCCCACUGAACAUUACAUUAUGCCCAGAUGGAGAGUCCAUCCCCAAAAUCUGCAUCUCGGAAGACAAUUUAAGCAACUUUAUUCAUCGCUGGAGUGCAGUGGAAGCAAGCAUUAAUGCCAAGAAUCGGCCACUCAGUGUGAAGACCUUUGAUGAGGUGCCAGUGGAGAAAAGGAUGCAGGAGGAAAGUGAGUCAGAUAGUGGGAUGGUGCUGACUUUGGAUGAAAUCAAGAGCCGGAAGAGGCUGGAAAUCCGUUCCUGGCCUUACGGGAUUAUGGCUCUCGCGAGAAAAGCCAUCAGCAAGAGCAAAGAGUCCGUGUUGUCAGAGAACGAACGUGAGUCUGUGAAGUACCGCUCAGCAGCCCAGGUGGAGGCAGACCCUCUGGAAGAGUCUGUCCUUCUGCCCAUGGAUGCCAGCCUGGAAUGCCACAGCCCGCCUCCUGACUACAACUCCGUGAUCCAGUACUCCGCUCCUCCAGUGUAACUGGCCCAGAGAUGACCCGCCUGAGUUUGCAUCUCCGACCACGCAGUAUUGUCAUCAGGCUUCCAUUUGUACAGCCUGCUUAAAAGAACUAGUGUUAAACGAGAGCAUAAGUCCCACAGGUGCCCUGGCCCAGCCGUCUUUGAUGUCUAAUCCCCGAUGCAAAUGGACAUCCUUUUAAGAGCAGCUAUCUGAAGGGUAUAUUUCCGCCUUUGUGGCUUUUCUAACCUUCUACACAGCAGGUUUAUUUUUUUAAAAAAAAAAAUCUGCAGUUGCACACGUCACAUCUUCAUUCCAUAGCUUUGCGACAAAUGCAAUAUCGUCCUCAUAUGUGGCUCAGAAAUAACUCCCACAGGAAAUUCAGUUCUAAGGAUAGGGGUUUAUUUUUCAGGGAUUACUGCCCUCAUAGUUUUGGGUGUGGUUGUUUUUUUUACCCAUUUCUUCUUCUUCCUUUUUUUUACUUGCCAUGAUCACUGAAAAACAAAUUGCUUGCAGUGCUGGAUUUAUACCUGCCCGAUCGUACGUACAACCAAUAUUGGAUUGCAGUUCAUACCCAUCCAGAAUUGACUUGCGCUGCAAAGCGAGGCCGGCAGUGAAUGCACAUUGACAAUCAAGACGUUGAUAAGGAAAUGACAGUGUAGCGAUGUUAGGUAGAUGCCAGUGAUACUGGGGCAGGGGGCUUAGAAAAGAUCCCUUGGGGCGUUGUGCUGGGCUAGGACAUUUCGAAGGCAAACCUAAGAUCCCAUGAAACUGUGAAUCAAAAAGCCUCCUAACUGGGGAUUGGAAAGAAUGGACAGUUGGAUUUUGUUCGGGCUUCUGAGAUUACAGUCCCCCGAAAUGAAUAUCCUGUCUUAAGGAGCAACAGGAAUAUUCCUUCUAACAUCCAGUGAGCCUUAAUUAACCAUGUAGAAAUGUAUGUAUGUGUUUGUUGCUGCUUAAGGAAACAAUACAUUGACAACAGAACAGGUUAGCUGUAGAAGAACUUAGCUUGCAAACAAUAAUUUAUCCAUAAGAUCAGUGAAAAUUGUGUCUAAUGCACUCCUGCUUUAGUGCUCUAAGAUGGUUCGGAUGUGAAUUCAUUUUGAUUGUGUGCCUUACUUUUUAACAUGUGAAAAUGGGUAUGUGUGGAAAACCUGGCUUCUGAAAGCUAGCUCCCCAAGAAGAGGGUGCAUUAAAAGCUACAAGUACUAAAGAAAAUUGGAGAGAUUUGUACUGUGCUAAUCAGCCAUUUCCCUGAAAACCCAGCGCCGGUUAUAGUGCAUGGCUAAAAAAUUAAAAGGAUGUAGCAAAGGGAGUGAGGUGGGGGAGGGGGUUGACAACCUUUGAAGUCCCCUUAAUAGUGGUUUGAUCUACAGCAAGGAGCAGUUCACUUGAGGGAAUGUGUGUAUUUUCUCCCUGCUGUGAAAUGCGCCCUAACCUUUUUGCUCAAAAAGUCCCAAUCCUGGAGCCAAAUCUCUGACGAACACAACAUUCUCUCUCAGCUUGAAGUUCUGCAGAGGACUAUUAAGCUAUACCAAUAGGACUGUAGCCUGGAACACCUCAGGCAUCCAGAAGCAGCCGCUGGUGUAGCACCAGUGUGUGUGUGUGUGUGUGUGUGUGUGUGUUAGGUUCUUACCAUUUAGCAGUUCGUUUGAAAAAGUAAGAAGGAGAAAUCAAAGAUACCUUGGAGCAGGAGAAUUGGAUAUUCCCAGCAGAUGACCUCUGCCCCCAACCUUCUGAAAAGUAUGAGCUGCCUCCUUUUGCCCAGGAAGGCCAGCUUCCUGUAGUGCCCCGGUAUGUCAGUGAGCACGCAAAGGAUCUGAACUGUUCCUAACAGUGUCUUGUGAUGGAAUCUCUUUCAGAGCCAGAUCAAAACCCUGGAGAGGUCUUCAUGGGCAUUUUCUCCUGAUAUGAAAUUGGGGCUUUGGGGGAAUUGUGCAGUAUCCCAUUUCCCAAAAUCAUAGACCCAGUGCCAAGCAUUUUUGCAUGGCUGCGUCUGGCUUGGCUUCACAGAUAGAUCUCCUUUUUGGUUUCGUCUUCUGCUGUUCUAACCAGCCUGAAAAUGGGCAUGUAUUACUUGUGUUUUAUUUACUAAUAUUCUUUGUGACCUUACUCCCCCCAUCCUUAAUUUAAUUAUUGUGUUUUCUGUUGAUAUAUAAAAUCCAGCCCUUUUGGCUGCAAACCUAUACAUACUUACAUGGGAGUAAGUCCCACUGAGCUCACUGGGGCUUAAUUCUGAGUAGACAUAUAUAGGAUUGCACUGUUCAAGUUUCAUUGAUUCUGCUGGGAGAGGUAAGCACUUCCAUAACCUCUCCCCUAUGAGAUUUCGAACAUGCCCGACUUUGGCUGGUUUAUGCUCAUAGUGUUUACUUAGUAGAAGCCAUUCAUUACAGAUGUGCAUUUAUAUGGCAAUGUUUAUAAUGCUUUUUAAGUACAAAAGAGCAGGAAUAACCCUGACGCAAGAGCGUUCAGUGUCUUAACUUAAGAUGUCACUCAGGCUUGCAGGCCAGGCUCCAGUUUACAAGAACCCCCCCUUCCAAUUCCAUUUGUAGUCCUGCUUUAGCCAAACUUUAGCCAAACUUUUGGGUGUUCCUUGCAUGCUUUCUUUUAAUGCUACUUGGGCUUCUUUUACAAAACAGGGAGCCAUAUGAAUCUUACAAGGGAAAGGUCAAAGGACGAGAAAGGCAUCGCUGCCUUUGUUUCCGCUUCAGGCUGAUCUCAAUUGCUGGACAAACGAGGAACUAGUUGCUCAAUGAAGUAUAUUAUGGGUUGUUGUUUUUAAUGCUACUCAGGGAAUUUUUUGCGACUUCAGAGGGCACUCCGCUACCUGCCUUUGUGACCUGAUUAAUCUCAAAUAUUAAUCAGUCCAGAUUUGUCUCUGUUUCAAAUGAUAUUUCUCUCUCUUUUUUUUCUUUUUGCCCUUUAUCAAUUCUAUAUUACCAGCAUCAAAGAGCAUCUCCGUUUUCUGCCUGUUCUCUCCCUUCAUGACAUAUGCAAACAUUUCAGAAAAGGUGUUUGUUCAUAUCCAUAACCCACUCAUAUAUCAGCCAUUUAUUUCAAAAAUGUAUUCUGUGUCCUGAUGUAAUUACAUAUCUGUAUUCUCCACCUCUGUGAAGGUGAAACAAAAGCACCAGUUGCCUUAUUUCUGCUGAGAUGUGUCUCGUUAUCAAGGGAAAUUCUUCACAUGCUUCCUAAAAAGCUUCUGAAUCUGACUCACUCAAGAGAGACCUACCCAAGGAAGAUAUUGGAGGAGGUAGUCCUGAGCAGAUUUUUAGGAAAUUUAGAAGCAAGGGAGGCAUUUCCCCCUAUAAAGAGACAUAUCUCGAAAUGUAUCAGGAACAAUAUAUUGGUUCAGUUGUCUUUUUUGUCUUGGUUUUUGUCUUUACAGUUGUGUUGUUAUUUUAAUCCUCGUUGUGUAAGGGCUUGGCCUUCAUGAAAGCUUCACGUUCUUGGGAAAGGAACAUUAGAGCAUGCCAUUACACUAGACAUGCCAGCCUGAGGUCACUUUGGUUGCUGCACUGUGCCCCAGCAUCUCAUGGGUCUGCACUAGUCUUAUGUUACAGCGAUCCAAUGGGAUGGUGGGUGGGUAGGCCUUGGUGAAAGGAAGACUGUUGGGAUAAUACACUGAGCAGAAGAUCCCAGGCUCAUCUACGCCAAGCAGGAUAUUCCACAAUGAAAGCGGUAUAUAAAAGGCAGGAGCCACACUACUGCUUUAUAGCAGUAUUGAAGCACACUGCAGGAUUUACACUACUGCUUUAUAGUGGAACUAAAGUGCACUGACAACAGCUGAGGCCGAUGACACAUCUACACCAAGCAGGAUAUAACACUAUGAAAGCGGUAUGUGUCAUGGGUCCCAACAGUUGUCAGCGCACUUCAAUACCAUUAUAAAGCAGUAGUGUGGCUCCUGCCUUUUAUAUACCACUUUCAUAGUGGAAUAUUCUGCUUGGUGUAGACGAGCCCCCCGUAGACUUCUCUUUUCAUCUGUGUAUUUGAGUUAUUAUUGCCAUUAACAAAAGCAUGUAAGCCCAAUAACUAGGUGGUUAGGAGGAGGAGGAGGAGGAGGAGGAGGAGGAGAAGAAGAAGAAGAAGCAAAUGACCCAUUCUACUUCAAUGGAUUGGAAUCUAUGAUGAGACUGGUCCCUGUCUGUCUGAAGAAUGUAUGCACUGAAAAACCUGCUCUUUAUGUAGUCAAAAAUGUAUUCUAAUUAUUAACCAAAACAUAAAUUAAAAAGGAUUCUAUAUUUA